AGGGAGAGACCGGGCAGAAGGCCCCGGCGUACCAGCGGUUCCACACGCUGGCCCAGGAGCUGCCCCCGGGGCUGACGCUGCCCUACAAGUUCCGCGUGCUGGCGGAGAUGUUCCGCAGCGUGGACACCAUCGCCGGGAUGCUCUUCAACCGCGCCGAGACCGUCACCUUCGCCAAGGUCAAGCAGGGCGUGCAGGACAUGAUGCGCAGGCAGUUUGAAGAGCAGCACCUGGGGCAGAUCAAGGCUGUGUAUCCCAGCUCGUACCGGCUGCGCCAGGAGAAGAACGUCCCCACCUUCGGCAGCGGUGGGAAGAAGAAGUCUGAGUAUCAGCUCACGCUGGAGCCGGUCCUGGGGGAAGAGGAGAAGGUGGAUGGGCGCCCGCACCUGUCGGCGUCGCGGCUGCUGGAGCGCAGGAGGGAAUUCCACCGCAACCUGGUCAACAUCGUCAGGGAGCACCACAAGGCAUUCCUGGCUGCCCUCAGCCCUCCCAUGGUGGUGCCAGAGGAGAAGCUGACCCGGUGGCAUCCCCUCUGCGCCCGCCUGGCCGACAGCUGCCCCGAGCUGGUGGCACCAGGUGAGAUGGAGAAACACGUGCGGCUCUUUGCAGAGCUCCUGCCAGACUGGGUGGGCAUCCACAACCUCAGGACGGAUGUCUACGUCAAGCUGGACAAAGAGAAGGACCUGGGCCUCGUCAUUGAGAGGCUCAACAAGGCGGCCAAGGAGGCUGGAGCUCUCUGAGCCCCCCCCAGAUUUGGGGUUUUUCUGUGCAAUCUCAGAAUGUAGCAAAUCCUGACAGCGCUCUGGGUUCUGGGCUGGGCUGGAGGGAGGCUCGUCCUUGGGUGCCUGAGGAUGGGCAAAAUGCCUUAAUUUAACUGAUCCUGUGGUGGGAGCUGUGAGGAAUGUAGGUCCCCUAGUCCUGGAGCAAUCCUGGGGUGGUGAUGAAAGCAACCCUAACCUGAGGAACCUUUUCUUCUCCCUUUCCUGGUUCUCCUGAAGGUUCAAUGCAUGAGGGGUCUCCUGAAGGUCCAAUUUCAGAGGUUUCUUCCAUUAACUGGGUCCUGGUGGGGUGAAGGCAGAGCAGGGCAGGCUGAGAGGGCGACAGGCAGGAAGAAGUGAGAGAAAAAGUCACAAUUUGAUGUUUCUGGAGCUUCGGGCCUCAUUCUGUUUUUAAGGGAGGGAAAACGCAUCUUCCAGUCCUCACUGGAAACAACUGCAGGACUUGUCAAAACACAUUUGUAUUAAAUGUUUUAAAUAUAGCUGACUUGU